GUGGGCAGUUGUUAUUUGUACUUUCAUUCAGUGCCCAACUACAUCCAAAUUCUGAUCGCAAAAUUUAGUGCCUGUAAAUUUUUAAAAAGUUUUAAGAUGGCUUUCAAUAAAAUUGAUGGUGUUACAAAUAUUUCGAAAAAUAUAAAUAACUGGCGCAAUGUCGUUGUGUUCGUUUGUCAGAAAUCUCGAAAUGCCCAUAGCGUGCCGCAGAAAGUAGUUGAAGAAGGUGGUGUUGUAAGCGAUGUCGCGAAAAAUAUCCCGAAGUCUUCGUCAUUUUCAAAGCACUCGCCGGUUAGCUUGUAUUUCGAGACGGCUGUUAAGCCGUCUCAUGACAGGACUAUCGAACUGAAGAAAGCUGCCGCCCAGCUAAGUCGCAGCAAUGACACCCUCAGAGCCCACUACCUAAAUAACCGAAAUGCCUUGAAGUUGGUAAAGGAUGCACAGGAAUCGCAGCCCCAGAAAAGUUCAAAGCUCACCGAUCUUCUGGCGCAGAACGUCUCCGUCGCGGAGACAAUUCAGCAGGCACCAACCAAACACAGCCAAAGUGAAGAUAUGAAUUCCAACAGCUAUGUAGAUUUCAAGCCGCAAAAUCAGCAUAAGGUGUAUUGGCAAACCAGAUUUCCCAAAAAGGUCCAGAACUCGAAGUCUGAGAAGAAGAUGCGACCGGAGUGUCCAAAGAGGCCAGUGGAUGAUGAUCAUAUUCCCACUAUACCAUCACCUCAACCUGAAAGACGGCAAAGCAAAAACAUUAGAGUUGCCGAAAGCAUGAAAAACUUGCAUAUGGGUGAAGACGGACAACAAUACCAUAAGAAGAGUAACUUGUAUUCAGGAAGUUAUAAAUCAGAGAGUUUCAUCAGUACGAGUAAUCCAUGGAAAAUUGGUUCAGUGUCCAUACCCCGUUUAAAUGUUUAGGUUUUUAUUGCACCUAAAACUUGACCCUUUUUAUAUGUGAUUAAAUUUUAAGGCUAUUUUGGUAAAAUUUCAUUUUAAAUUGGUAUGUGGAGAUCCGGAGUUCAAAUCAAAGAGGUCACAAGUGUGUUGAACAUUGCAAGAGUGGUGCAGUAUUUUAAAUGUUUACAAAAUCGAGCGGAUUAAGUCCAGAUGUGAAAAAAAUUGGAUAUUAAUUGGAUUUUCUAGACAUUUUUGCAAUUUUAUACAAGUGGCUGAAAUUUGAUUCUUGGAUUUUGGCGGACCAGUGUACCUAUUAAGUAGUAUCAAAAGUAAUGGAAUAAAUUUAUGGCACCGAG